GCCGCGGCUGGAUGCGGGGGGAGCGGCGCGGCUCGGCUCGGUGGGGCUGGGGCCGGUUGACGCGCUGUCCUGCCCCGCGGAGCCCCGGGCCGGGCUCCGGCAGGCGGCCAUGGCGUCCAAGCUGCUGCGGGCGGUGGUGCUGGGACCCCCCGGCUCCGGGAAGGGGACGGUGUGCGAGAGGAUCGCCCGCAGCUUCGGGCUGCAGCAUCUCUCCAGCGGCCAGUUCCUGAGGGAGAGCCUCGGCGGCGGCGGUGAAGUUGGUGUCUUGGCAAAGCAGUACCUUGAGCGAGGCCUUCUGGUGCCCGACCACGUCAUCACACGCAUGAUGAUGACGGAGCUGGAGAAGCGGCGAGAGCAGCACUGGCUGCUGGAUGGUUUCCCUCGCACGCUGGGGCAAGCCGAGGCGCUGGACAGGAUCUGUGAGCUGGACCUGGUCAUCAGCUUGAACAUUCCCUUUGAGACGCUGAAGGAUCGCCUGAGCGCCCGCUGGGUCCACCCGGGCAGCGGGAGGGUGUACAACAUGGACUUCAACCCCCCUCAUGUCCCGGGUGUUGAUGACCUGACGGGUGAGCCGCUGGUCCAGAGCGAGGACGACAGACCCGAGGCCGUUGCUGCCAGGCUCAGAAAAUACAAAGAUGCUGCAAAGCCCGUGAUAGAGAUGUACAAGAGCAGGGGCAUCCUUCACUCCUUCUCGGGCACAGAGACCAACAAGAUCUGGCCGUACGUGUACACCCUGCUUUCCAGCAAGAUCCCACCCAUCCUCUCGGAUGAGGAGAACUAAACAGCUUGUCCAAGGACCAAGAGUCGAUUCCAUCAUGGAUUCAGUUUCUCUGUGCGGUGCUGGGGCUGUGCUCAGAUGAGGCAGCUGUGUGGUACCUUGCGUCCCUUCCCUGGGUGUACUGGGUGGGUACAUGGUUAUAGCCAGUAUCAGGGUGAAAAGGUCUUUGUUUAUGAGGUCAAGUCUGCUGGAAUAAGGUGGGUUUAUUCUCUUUGGAGGCUAUGAAGUGUUCUUGUCUAUGGUCCAAGUGCACACAGAGAUCAGGUAAUGGCCAUACCAGGAUUACACAGCUUGCCAUGAUGUCCCUGCCACCCCUGUACAAACCCCAGCUGCUGUUUGAGCCUACAGUGUGCCACCCUGUUGCUCCGCAGUGCCGUUUCUGUAGGUUACUCUCUAGUUGUUUGUUGUUUGUGGGUUUUUUCCUAUAAAUUAUUUUCUAUUAACUUUAUUUCUUAGAAAAAAAAAGCUCUACAAAGCAAGGCUCAGCCCAUUGGGAGCUGGAGAGCAACAUGGAAAACGUGUAAGCUACAAAGCCUGGAAUGUGAAGAUCACAUUUCCAGCAUUAAUACACGUAAAAGAGGGAAGACUUUGGAGGUAAAACACACACUUGUGUUUCUUCCAUAGAGAGAGAGGCAAUUCCUGUCAGACAAAAGCUGCUGUACAGUCCCGUUUUCAUGCAGUGCUGUGACACCGAGCAGGAUCUGUGCUGGAGAUGCAUUGCACUCCUUUGUGCUUACCUUUGUUUAUAGCUUUGACUACGACAAGAUACAGUCAUAAGAGUUUCUCCCAAAGAUCUAUUUCAAUGUGUGCUUCAGUUUUGGGGAGAAAUCAGGUCAAUUCCAUCUUCUGUGCUGCCUUUGUCCCUGAAUUCCCCUGGAGAUGGGGUGCUCCCCAUGCGGUUCCUGCUGCAGCAUUCCUGGCAGAAGCAGCUCCUUUGCCACAAACCCCAGAGGGAUGAGGGCCUUCCCUUCCUCAGGACACGUGCUGGGGCUGCUGAGAGCUGUGCCCAGGCAUUUUCCAUCACUGACAGCAUCUUCUGAGCGUGUUGCUCCUCUUCUCUUAUGUGCAGGAGCUUUGUGGCUGGAUGGGACGGCUUGUCUCAACUGGAAGUACUGUGACCCUUCUUGGUGGUAGGACUGCAGUACCUAAGCAAUGGGGAUGCUCUUUUUGUCUCCUCAAGUUGCCUUAUUUUAUAAGCUAUAUAUUUAAAGAAAAAUGAAGCCAGAUGUGUAUUUUUAAAGGUUAAAAAAGAAAAAAAAAAGCUGAAUUUUAGCAUCAAUUUUGGGUAAUUCUGCAGGAAGCUGCAGUCUGCCAUGGGUGGCUCAGCAGGAGGGCAGGAAAGCUGCCACUCCACAACACCCAUUUGAUGAAUUAGAGCAGCCCAGGCAAAUGUUAAUUGCUGAAGUGUCACUAUUCCUAUUUUUUGUUUGGAGAGUGGCCCCAUGGCAGGGCGGGGGGAGCCGCCUGGCUUUGUUAGGGAUGCAUAGGUGAAACCUCAGCCCAUCCCUGGAUGGCUUUUAUCCCAACUGAGCCACCCACAUCCUCAUGCUGCUGGAGGAGCCCCUGAUGUUUGCCCUCUCUGACAGAGGCAGCUUUGCCCUGGUGCUCUCCUGUAGCCCUCAGGCAUCUGCUCAAUGAGGUCUCUGCCUCUCACUGCCUGCCUGUGGGUGAAGGUAAUGAUGCAGGUGAUGCUCCGCAUCCCAUUCUGGAUGUGAUCGGUGGGAGCAGAGGGACCAUCAUGUUUCACUGCGGUCCCUGUGGCCUUUCCAUUCCCCUGGAGCUCCUGGGCUGGGAUGACACAAAUCUUCCACCCUGCAAUGAAAUCCUAUUUUUCCCAUGACCCUUGCAUGAGGUCUGGGCUUUUUUUAAACUCAGAUCUAGAAAGAGCCAAAACGUGUGCGCUGUUUUCUGUUGAAGUGUUGGGCACAAGAGGAGGAGACGAUGCUGGGGAGGGGAUUUUAGGCUAUAAAAGCAGCCUGACCAUGGCAGGCAGCUCCACCAGGGCCAAGUGCUGGGCAGGGGGGCUGCUCCCUGCUUUUCCUUGCUCUUGUGUCUCAUCCAUCCCCGCUGCAAGAUGCCUCCUGCAGAGAGGCCACCCCAUGCGGCGCCCGGCAGCACGACAGGGCUCACUGAUGUCUGUGCCCCAGGAGAGCUGCCUGAGCGCUUGGUUUAAAGCCUUUGAGUCCUACAGGAGGUGUAAACCCCACGGCCGUGCAUACAUGGAGCCUUCGGGAUAGGGUUUUUCUACAAGAGUCAUUCUAUGGUGCAUUUUCACAGACCAAAUACCAGCAGGGGCUCGUGUCCCUCGUCCCCCCUCGCCGCCGCGCUCCCCUUUGGUACCUUACUGUGAACCUCAUGCCUUUUGUAAAGUGAUGGUGAUUUUGUACUGACCCAAGAUACUGGGGGGGGGUUGUGGGGGGGUGGUGGGU